AACGAAAACAUCUCAUAUUUAGUUGGAAACUUGGAAUCGUUGCAUAAGGUUGUGCUAUUAUUCGGGUUGCGGAUAUUUUUCUAUUUCGUUUUAAAACGAAUACGGUAGAAAAAAAAGAAACAGAAUAAUUAACAGAUUGUGUUUUAUUUUUCAUACAUAUAUGUAUAUAAAAAAUUAAAACGCUGUUACCACCUUAAUAACAAAUUUAAAAAAAGACGCUUAAAAGCGCUUAAAUAAAAAGAAAUUAGUGCAAAAAAAAAAGAAAAAACAAAAAUCCAUCAAAAAUAGUUAAAAGCUCAACAAAAAACCAAUUUAUCAAAUAAAAAAAGAAUUUAUCUCUGUGUGUGAAAGUGCCACAACGACUACAAUAACGACAUUUUUGGAACAGUGCAGCAAACAGUGAGCACCAACGGAGCCAAACAACAUCAUCGUGUUUUGCUGUGUUGUUUUUGUAGAACCAACAAUUUGGAUUCCCUUAACGUGUAGAGUAGGUCAGAUAACGACAAGGAUUUAAAAUAACUUAAAAUUUUAAAGAAAUAACUUUUAAACUAUUUUCUCCUUCUCCAAUUGUUUUGGGGUAAACCGCAGUAAUAACUCAAGGAAGCAGCCGUUAACAACAACAACAAAUAUUAAAUAAAAAAACAACUUAAGCCAACUAGGAGAAACAAGCAACACAACAAAAACAUUAAAAAAAUUGCCAAGAAAAAUAUUUAUUCUAGCCAGGAAACAGCAGAAGGAACAACGAACAACUUCAAGAAAACGUCAGUAACAUGAUGUUAAAGAAAAUGGGAGGCGUAGGCUUGUUAGCCUGCGGUAUUUUACUGUUAUGUGCUGUCAGCAGCGUCAACUCAUAUUCAAAGUAUGGGCGUGGCUGCAAUGACAUUGGCUGUUUGCCCAAUGAGGAGUGUGUCAUUAGCACUGAUUCGUGCAGUUAUAGUCAACGUGAUGGCAAAGAUUGUGGCAGUUAUCCUACAUGCAGAAGGAAGUCUGGCGUCAGUACCUCUUCUUCGUCAUCGUCAGUUAAUCCCUCAGUAAGUGGUGGUAGUACGCACAAUUCAUACACUCCUAGUGCACCCCAAACGCCAAGUGCUCCUGUGCCCGAUUACAAUGGCAUGGGUGGUGGUGCCAGUGGCGGAGGCAGUAGUGGUGGAUAUGGUGGUGGUUUUUCGGCUGGCGGCCAUAGUUUGUAUCCUAGUUUACCUACCGACAAUAAUCGUGGCGGUGUUAUGGGUGGUGGCUAUAAUCCUUAUGGUGGUGGCUAUCAACCUGGCGGUUAUAAUCCUGGUGGCUAUGUACCACCUGGCUAUCAAGCUGGUGGUGCUGGUGGCUAUCAACCCAAACCGGGCUAUACUCCCCCGGCUCCUGGUUAUGGUGGCAGUAGUAGCGGUGGUUACACGCCCACAAAACCUAAAGAAAAGGAAGGCGGUGGCUUUUUCUCGAACUUCUUCUCCAAUCCUGCUGUAAAUCAAGCUGUUUCUGGAAUCAUUGCAGGCCAAAUUGCCAAUUCUCUGAGAGGUGGUGGUAGUAAUCAACCGGCCCAGCCCAGUGGUGGUUAUCAACCUAGUGGCGGCUAUAGUGGAGGUUCUUCCUCAUCUGGCAGCAGUGGAAGCAGUAAUAUUUUGGGUGGUUUAUUGGGUGGUGUUUUGUCUGGAGGCGGUGGUGGCGGCAACAGUGGUGGUAGCAGUGCUAGCAACUUUUUAGGCAGCAUUUUGUCUGGUGGUGGCAGUAGCAGCAACAGUGGUGGCAGCAGUGCUAGCAACUUUUUGGGCAGCCUUUUAAGUGGUGGCGGUAGCUCGUCUGGUGCUAAUCAUGCCAGCUCUGGUGGUUUGGGUGAUAUACUGUCCUCACGUAACUUUGGUGGUUUAUUUAGCGAGAAUCCUUCUUCUAAAUCUUCAAGCUCUUCUCAAUAUUCUUCCCCCUCCUCCAGUGGACCUAAGAGCUAUCCUACACAACCACCUAUGUAUGGCAACUAUAACUACAAUGGUUAAAUAUUGAUAUUUUUGAAAACAUUUAUUUUCUUUAUUUAUAAAACACAGACAAAACUAACAAAUCUUUAAAGUAGUUUUAGUUGGAAAAUUUUGUUAACAACUCAUAAAAGUAAACAAGAAAAACUAACAAACCAGUAAAAAAAAAAACAAACAUAUACUCCUUUAACAGUCAAAUGUAAAACUAAUAAAAAAUAUACUCUAAUAGCAA